CAUCAAUCUUUUAUAAAAUUUCUCCUUAUUUCAGCUAUUAUAUUUAACUCUACUCAUUUUGAUUUAUUUUAAAAUCUCAGUAUUUUCUUCUAUUAAUUUUAAUCUAAUUAUAUCAAAUCAUCAUCGUCGUCAUGAACCCGUCAAACCAAGAAAAAUCCUACCUAAAUUCAUCAGAACCCGCUACCGGAAUUCCUGUAAACUCCGGCUACCAACAUCAAGGAGCUUGGUCCUCAGGCCUUUGUGACUGUGGCUCCGAUUGUAAAACUUGUUGCAUAACAUGUUGGUGCCCAUGUAUCACCUUCGGACAGAUUGCUGAAGUUGUCGACAAAGGAACAACAAGUUGUGCAACAAGCGGAGCGAUCCACGGAAUAUUGACGUGGUUUACUGGAUGCGGAUGGAUAUAUUCAUGCUUGUAUCGGUCUAAAUUAAGACAACAAUAUAUGUUACCAGAGAGUCCUUGUAAUGAUUGCUUGGUUCAUUGCUGUUGUGAGCCUUGUGCCCUUUGUCAAGAAUACCGAGAGCUUCAAAGCCGUGGAUUUGAUAUGUCUAUUGGGUGGCAUGGAAAUAUGGAGAGGCAGAAUGGUGGGCCGGCAAUGGCAGCUCCGACGGCACCAGUGUUUCAAGCAGGCAUGACCCGAUAGAUUGAAUACAUGAUAUGACCGGGUUGAAUUAUUUGAAGGCUUUUUGUUUAAUCCAUCUAUAGAGAAAUUAUUCGAAUUUCAUGUUAUUCAAAAUAAAAAUGUUCAUUUUAUGGAGUGCCAUUAUUUUAUUUUAUAAUGCACGACUAUCUUUUCUUUAUAUGUAUGUAAAUUACUCGAGUCCUUUUAGUUUGUAAUUGCCUGCAUAUGAGAGCUUCUAUUAUUAAAUUUUUAUGGGUUAAUAAGACUAUUCAUUGUAAGUGAA